CCUGCCUCUGCCUCCCGAGUGCUGGGAUUAAAGGCGUGCGCCACCACCGCCCGGCUGGUGUUUUCAUCUUAAAUGGACACCAAAGAGGGGUCUACUUGUGGGGACUGGGACUAGGAAAUGAGUUAACGGUUUGUCCCUAGCGGGGAUUGCGAGGACUGGGGCUAGGAAAUGAGUUAACGGUUUGUCCCUAGAUGGCAGCUAUUGAUAGGACAUUUGUCACAGCCAGGAUCUGUGAAAUGGAGCCAUUGUUUGGGAGAACUGGAAGCUGGGGAAGGGCGGGCUGUGAGGAAGGAGGGCCAUAGUGCUCAGAUAGGGAUAGCUGUGUAAGACCUAACCAGAGCACUCAGGAGCUGCCUUCAUUUGCCUGGCAAAGAGGCCCAACAAGGUAGUGGGGGAAACUGUGACAGGGGUGUAGCCCUGGAGACUGAUAUCCGGUGCCAGACUAAACAGGACAGCAGUCCACUAUCUGGUGUCUAGGAUCUAGAUGUGAACUGAACCGGGGGGAGGGGAAAGGAUCGCUAGUCUGGGCUUGGCGGUAGGAGCUAGUCCUACCGCCUACUGCUGUGAUCUUAGGGAAAGCAUCCUUCAAGGUCCACUGCCAGGACAUGAGUGAGCAACAGGAGAGGGAGACAGAAGAGGAUGAAGGAGGUACUUCAGACACAGCGCCCAUGCUGCCCCGAAGGAGGCCUACUGACUACCGUAUCCCAGUCCUGGUAUGCCCUGGGUGGCCCAUCCUGACCACCGAAGGCCUCAGGACCCUGCUGCUGCCUGGCCGGGCUCUGGUUGGGUUCCUCCUGUGCCAUCUGCUGCUACCUGGGGCAGUCUUCCUGCUGGUGUUGCUGCCAGCUGCUGCCAUUGUCUACCUGGGAUUCCUGUGCCACUCACGGGUUCAUCCAGCCCCGGGUCCACGGUGCCGAGCGCUGCUCUCCGAUCGCGGCUCUGCAGCACUCAUCGUGUUCGGAUUCCUCUCCCUGCCGCCUCUCCUGGUGCUCGCCUCCGCCGCCCGCUCCCUCCUGGUCCGGCGACUACGCCCUGUCCUGCCUACCCCGGCGAGGGUCCCCGAACCGCGCCGCCCACAGAGAUGCAGCGAAGAGGAGCUGGCGGGCGGCCGUCCUGACGAAGAGAAACAGCUUUGUGCCUGGGUCUGAUGCCUCAGAGACGUCUCCGUGUCGAGAGCCUCCACUUGACUUCCAGAAAGUGGGCGGAUGAGUGGAGCGGCCGCCUUUGGGCUCUGAGCGCAGUGCUCGAAGUCGCCAGGAGAUGGCAACCGGGUCCCUUGGACCGGGUUGGUGCUUCUCUCUCAGAGGAGGGAAGUGGUCCUCUGAGAAGGUGCCAUGGGCUUUGCUCCCUCACCAAGCCAAUGCAUGCCACUCCUACCUGUGGUCAGCAGUCCCUCACCAAGCCAAUGCAUGCCACUCCUACCUGUGGUCAGCAGCCAGCUUUGCGGAUAUCUGUCUCCCAAAACCAAGCUAGUCCUAGAAGCUCCAGUGUGAUCAGUAGCAACCAGACUUCAUGACUCAUCUUGAGACUCAGGAGUCAUCUUGAAUCUCAAGGUCGGCCCAUGGCCCAGGACAAGGGCUCAAUUAUGUGUAUAGUCAAACAUUUACUAGGUCAGGUUUUGUCCAUACUUAGUCUGUGACCAGGAUUAGUGGCUCAGUAAGUCCAGGGUCAGCACUCUGUUUAUAGUGUGGGGUUUUGUUUUGUUUUUUUUUUUUUGGUUUUUCGAGACAGGGUUUCUCUGUGGUUUUGGAGCCUGUCCUGGAACUAGCUCUUGUAGACCAGGCUGGUCUCGAACUCACAGAGAGUGUGUUUGUUUUUUAAUAAAUAGUUUAUUUUAUGUUCGUUGAUGUUUCUGUGUAAGAGUGUCCCAAGUCCUGGAACUGGAGUUACAGACAGGUGUGAAUCUCAGUGUGGGUACUGAGAAUUGAACAUGGGUCGUUUGGAAGACCAGACAGUGCUCUUAGCUGCUGGGCCAUCUCUGCAGCCCCUAGUACUCAGCUUGUAUUUGGAAUCGAGUAUCAAUGUGUACCCAGAACUGGGGCUCAGCCUCUGACCAGGGUUCUUUCUUCUGAGACAGGCAGCAGUAAGAGCUCAAUUUACAAUGUGAGAAUUUUUUUGUUUUGUUUUGUUUUUCGAGACAGGGUUUCUCUGUGGCUUUGAUGCCUGUCCUGGACUAACUCUUGUAAACCAGGCUGGCCUCAGACUCACAGAGAUCCACCUGACUCUGCCUCCCAAGUGCUGGGAUUGACGGUGUGAGCCACCACCGACCGGCAAUAAUGUGAAAAAUUUUAAGAUUUAUCUUUGCAUUUGGCAUGCUACAGCUAUACUGACAAGUUCCUAUAUAUAGGUAAAUUACCAUCCUUCUUCCACUCCCCCUCCCUGUAUCCUAUCUCCUCUUCUUCCUCCUUCUGCUCUUCUUCUUCCUCCUCCUCUUCUUCCUCCUCCUUUCAGGUCCUCAUACAUACUAGAACUAGAAUAUCUUAUUUAAUUUUUCAGUAAUCCUAAGAAGGAAUUCCAAACCUUAUACUUGUUAGGCAAGCACUCUACCACUGAGCUAUAUCAUCAGCUUGGGAUGACAUGUUUUUUAAAAAUUUUGAUUGUUUUUUUUUAAAGAUUUAUUUAUUUAUUAUGUACACAGUGUUCAUUCUCCAUGUAUGCCUGCAGGCCAGAAGAGGGCACCAGGUUUCAUUACAGAUGGUUGUGAGCCACCAUGAGGGUUGCUGGGAAUUGAACUCAGGACCUUCAGAAGAGCAGUCAGUGCUCUUAACCACUGAGCCAUCUCUCCAGCCCUUUGGUUGGUUUUUUGAGACAGGGUUUUUCUGUGUAGUCCUGACUGUCCUGGAACUCACUCUGUAGACCAGGCUGGCCUCAAACUGAGAGAUCUGUGGUGAGUGCUGCCUCCUGAGUGCUGCAAAUAAAGGCAUGCACCACCACACCCAGCUAAUAAGUUUUUUUUUCUUUUCUAGACAAGGUUUCUUUGAGUAACUCUGGCUAUUCUGGAACUAGAUAUGUAGACCAGGCUGGCCUUGAACUCACAGAGAUCCACCUGCCUCUGCCUCCCGAGUGCUGGGAUUAAAGGCGUGUGCCACCACUUCUCAGCUAAGACUUACUAUUAUUAUUUUUUAACUUUUUAUUGAUUCGUUGUGAAUUUCACAUCAUGUGCUCAGUUCCCAUUCAUUUCCCCAUCCCUUCCGUAUCUACAUCUCCUGCCCUUGCAAC